AUGGCCUCACGUCGCCCCGAAUACAACCCCGACCGGUUCAACUUCACCAAAAAUGUAGUGGACUAUUGGAGUCAGAAGGGCGAUGACCCCGUCGCGAUGGUGUGGAAUCCGCCCGGCGCCCGGGAGCCCGGCGACACGGAUUCCUUCCACUUCAGCCAUUUCGCCCAAAGAGCACGCCAGGUCGCGGUGGGCCUGCGACGUCUGGGAAUCCAGAAGGGAGAAGUCCUCCUACUGGUGUCCUCGAAAACCCCAGACUGGUACGAAGUUGUCUGUGGCGCAAUUCUAGGGGGUGUGGCGAUCUGUCUCUGUUCGUCAGCGCUCGUAUCGUCGGAAAUUGCGCUGCGGGCGCAAAAGGCACGCGCGUCGGUGUUUGUUGGGGACGCCGAACAAGUGAGGAGGUUUGUGGGAGCGCGAAAGUGUCGAGAGACCCAUGAUUCCGUGCGACAGAUCGUCCAGAUCGGGCAAUCGGCACCUCCUGCUGCCCCUGGAGUCAACAUCUAUCGCUCAUUUCUCGCUGGCAUCAACCCCCAGCAGGUGAAUGUUGCAGACUUUAAGACUGAGUCUGGUGAUUUCUGUUUGCUGUAUUUUACGUCCGGGACAACGGGUCAGGCGAAGCUGGUCAAGCAUACCCAGGUUUCAUAUCCGUAUGGCCAUGUGAUUACUGGGGAACAUUGGCUGGAUCUACGUCCAGGCCAAAUGCUAUGGAAUCUGUCCGACCAGGGAUGGGCCAAAUCCAUGUGGGCCUUCUUUGGAGCAUGGAGUCAAGGCGGGACCAUAUUCCUAGACGCCCACGGGUCGGCCUUCGAGCCAGAACGAACCAUCAAUCUACUGCAUCAGCAGCCCAUAACAACAUUCUGCGCGGCGCCUACUAUAUUCCGCCAUCUAGUGACAGAGGCAAGCAAGAAACUGUUUGCCGAAAAGCCCCCGAAAGCGCUCGAGCACUGCACCAGUGCGGGAGAGCACCUCGGCGCGCACAUCGUGCUGGAGUGGUAUGAGAUGACGGAUGGGCUGAUGAUCUGGGACGGCUUCGGGCAGACCGAGACGUCGAUCCUUUGCGGGAACUACCCCUUGGUUCCCCCGAGAUUGGGAUCGAUGGGCAAGCCUCUACCGGGGGUGCCCCUGUGCGUGCUGAACGAUGAGCGGCAGGUCGCCCACCCGUUCGAGGAGGGCGACAUUGCUGUCCGGGUGUCGGACGAUGGAACUGGCUUAUUCCGGGGUAUCUUCGAGGGCUAUAUUCAUGACGACGGCUCAGUGGUCAGACCGACAGUCACGGAUAAAGAAGGACAGUCGUGGUAUCUGACGGGCGACCGGGCGCACUGCGAUGAAGAGGGAUAUUUCUGGUAUAAAGGACGCGGAGAUGAUGUGAUCAUCUCGGCCGGACACCGUAUUGGCCCAGCUGAAGUCGAGUCUGUCCUUCAGGCGCACCCAGCGAUCCGGGAAUCUGCCGUCGUCGCUGCACCAGACGAGCAACGAGGCUCCAUAGUAAAGGCCUUUAUUGUGCUACACGACCACCCUGGAGAUUCGACAUCCACGGUGCGGCUGAAGCAGGAUAUUCGCGAGCACUGUCUACAUCGCAAAGCGGCGCAGUACUGUCCCCAGAAGAUCGAGUUCGUGGACCUCGGGUUUUUACCGAAGACGGUCAGUGGCAAGGUCAUCCGUAAGGAACUUCGAAUGCUAGAGAGGCUUUGAGGUUCGGUCAUCGGAGUCAAUGAAGUUGACUGGCGAUUAUACCGUGGUAGAUCCGCAGCAGAGUAGAAUAUU